UUUAUACCGAAUGUAAUGUGUUUAAUGUACUUUUAAAACACAUACAAAUACUUAGUUUAUCCUUGGAGGGUGAUUUAUCUGUUACACCGUGUUUUUGUUGCCUCCCGUUUUUUGUUUGUUGCUUUUUAUACCACGUUGCUAAUCGGUAAACAUAAGUAAAGGCAUUAAACGGAGAUUAGUGUGUUUAACAGCAGUGUUUUAUCAAGGAGAAGAAAGACUGAAGAACCAGGACGAAGAGGGUGUGGGUGGGUGGAUGUGUGUGUGUUUUUGUGUCUAGUUUGAAUGACUUUGUAUACUGCAGGAUAGCUUGUGAAUUUACUCCAGGUGGAACUAAAGUCUGAUUUAAGAGUUAAUUAUAUUUCACAUCAUUCAUCCACAUAUGUAAAGCAACUAAAGGUAUUCAAUACAUAGUGGACUAAAAGUACACCAUUUACCUCUGAAUUGUAGUGGAGUAAAAGUACAAAGUAGCAUUAAACGGAAAUAGUGUUGACAGACCUGCUGUUCAAGUCGCCGUGACAGACCUCACUUUUACCUCACCUACCUCUAUUAAGCUUACCAUUGACAACAAAUGCUAAAUUGGCUAUAAUUUGGUUUGAUGGAAAGGAUGUAUGUCUCAAUAAAGUCUUUUCAGACAUGUGCAACUAGACAGAACAUCCUGAACUCUUAACCUAUGCACAUUAUGCAUUUUAGAAGGUGCAAGCAAAGCAUAAAAGUUCCAACCACAAUUCUAGGAAGGUAUUGUGGUUUUUGACACCUUGACAACGGUUACAACGAUUGAGGACAACAAUGCACACAGGAUGAGAGCGAACUGUGUACAGACUUGAUGAUUUUAGAUCCAACAUCCAGGAGAAACACAUCUUAGAGACAAUAGAGACAGUUUUGUUAAGUUUGCUUCUGUUAAUAAAUUACAUUUGCAUAUUUUAAAUAGAAAUUAAAAUACAUUUCAAUUCUAAACAUGAAAUUUAAAAUGUGUUUUGCUUUCAUGAACAUGUUCAUAUUCCCUUUUGUUAAAAUUGCAUAUCAUUACUAUAGUCUUCAUUUUUUAAAUUGUAACUUUAUAUUUGUAAUUGAGUAAGAAUUGAACCUAUGUGACCUCCUUCUCACUCAAAGAUAGAACAGGGGAAACCAUCUGAUGUAGAGAGGGAGGAGGGAAGAGGCUAUAAAAGAUGAGUGAAGAGAAACGGGGGAACUUGGUGGGACUUUUUUGAGGCUUGAAUUUGGGUCUUGGGCUCUUUUAGGGCUCUAGGGGGUUCACUUGGGAACCUGUUGCUUUUGUACUUUGACCUUGUAAAACUUAUGUUGUUUUUUGGAUCUUGUAAAUCCUCUAUAUUUGUUAAAAACCUAAUAAAACCGGUUUGUACUUUGUACAUUUCGACCCAAUUCCUGGUCUCUCUGGUGGUCUCUGAAGGUAUCUGCUUGGUCUUAGAGUAAGAGACACAGCCGGAGAAGGAGCACUGAGAGCAGCAUGGAGGAGAAAAAAAAGACCCCUGGAGCUCAGAAACCGAAAGGAAGAGAGAGACGUCACAGCUGUCAGCAAUGUGAUAAAUCUUUUACAACAUCUGGAGAUUUAAAGCUCCACCAGCGUAUUCACACUGGAGAAAACCCGUACAGCUGUAAAGAGUGUGGGAAAACAUUCAAGAAAUCUGAUCAACUCAAAACACAUCACCGCAUUCACACUGGAGAGAAACCGCACAGCUGUGACGAAUGUGGGAAAACAUUCAUUCAAUCAAGUGAUCUCAAAACACAUCACCGCAUUCACACGGGAGAGAAACCAUACAGAUGUGAAGAGUGUGGGCAAACGUUCACGACAUCAGGUGCUCUCAAAACACAUAAACGUGUUCACACUGGAGAGAAACCGUACAGCUGUGAAGAUUGUGGGCAAACGUUCACGACAUCAGGUGCUCUCAAAACACAUCAACGUGUUCACACAGGAGAGAAACCUUACAGCUGUGAAGAGUGUGGGCUCAUGUUCACGACAUCAGGUGCUCUCAAAAAACAUCAACGUGUUCACACAGGAGAGAAACCGUACAGCUGUGAAGAAUGUGGGAAAAAGUUCACUCAAUCAGGUGCUCUCAAAACACAUCAACGUGUUCACACUGGAGAGAAACCGUACAGCUGUGAAGAGUGUGGGCUAACGUUCACGACAUCAGGUGCUCUCAAAACACAUCAACGUGUUCACACAGGAGAGAAACCGUACAGCUGUGAAGAAUGUGGGAAAAUGUUCACUCAAUCAGGUGCUCUCAAAACACAUCAACGUGUUCACACUGGCGAGAAACCGUACAGCUGUGAAGAGUGUCGGCUAACGUUCAAGACAUCAAGUACUCUCAAAACACACCAACGAGUUCACACAGGAGAGAGACCAUACAGCUGUGAAGAGUGUGGGCAAACUUUCACUCAAUCAGUUCACCUCAAAACACAUAAACGUAUUCACACUGGAGAGAAACCGUACAGCUGUGAAGAGUGUGGGCUAACGUUCACGACAUCAGGUGCUCUCAAAACACAUCGACGCAUUCACCAUGGAGAGAAACCGUACUGGUGUGAAGAGAUGCUGUUUUCUCCCUAACCCAUCAUGUAUUUUCCUAAAUCUGACCAACAGUUUUUUUAUGUUCAAACCAGUGUUCACACUAUGCCAAAACAAGGCCACAGAGAUGCUGUUCCUCCCGAUGUAAUUCAAAUCAUGGUUUUUUAAUAGUCUUUUUAUUCCUUUUAUAAAAUAUUCUAUGUCCAGGAUUAAACUGCUAGCCUCGUUAAGCUGCAUCCGGUAGUUUGUUGAAUAAUCUGUUUGAUUAAUAAAAUGUUGUGACUUAAAGGGGGGGUAUGUAAUUUUGGAGAAACCAGCUCGAGUGCGCUAGAAUUUGAAAGUACACAACCGGAAAAAA